AUGAGUUACGGUCGCCCUCCUCCCAGUGUGGAGCUCAUGACCUCCCUUAAGGUGGACAACAUAAACUACCGCACCUCACCCAAAACCCUGUGGCGUAUCUUUGAGAAGUAUGGGCGCGUCGGAGACGUGUACAUCCCGCGGGACCACUUCACUAAAGAGUCCCGUGGCUUUGCCUUUGUCCGCUUCUUCAACAAGCACCACGCCGAGGAUGCCAUGAAUGCCCUAGACGGGAUCAGGCUGCAUGGCCGUGAAGUGCGGGUGCAGAUGGCACGCUAUGGUCGCCCCCACCGUGGCCGCUACUGGGGAACUCCUUGCAGGUAUAAACGCCAUAACCGCAGCCUAAGGCGUCAAUGCCGUUCCAAUAAAAAGAGCCGAUCCCAAUCUCAGGGCAGAUCUCGCUUUAGCCACGAGAAGUCUCCAUCUCGCUCUUACGGUACAUCUCCAUCAACCUUUGGAUCAAGAUCUACUCGAAGAUCCAAGUCCUCCUCCAUGUCCAGAUCUUUUUCACCAACCACGUCCGGGUCUACCUCCAGAAGCCUUCCACCAGAAAGGACGUCCAAGUCCACAUCGCAAUCCAACAAUUCCUCCAAGUGUUCUGAAGAGGAAGGAGUGGUGCCCUAUGAGGAUAAUGAAUCAUUAGCAACCAACCUAACCGAGGACUGCGGGGAGGGGUGGAGAGCAAAAUACUCAGUUGAUCAAAGAGUCCUUGGAACAGGACACUAA